UCACAGAAGAGAUGGACACUGAGAAGAGAUCAUACAUCAGCCUACCUAAGAUGUUCAUGGCUGAUUUGGAAAAGAACUAUCAGCUGGAACAUGGACUGAUCGUUAAGCAGUUGAACGCCUUAAUCAACGAAGGCUACAUGCAGGCCUACUUCAGAGACUGGGGAAACGUCACUGGAUGCAAGAUCCUUAAAAACUACGAGUCAGAAGACAGCAAGGCGAUGGGCUUCGUCAGGUUUGCCACGGGGGAAGAGGCCGACAAGGCAGAGAUGGCCGGGCCUCACUUCAUUGGAGGCGACUUGGCGGUCGUGCGAAGGGUAGUUUGUCCAAAGGUACCCCUUUCAGAGAGGAUGUGGGGAUGACCUGAACUGCUCUGCUGUCAGAUGACAUGGACAUGAUGAACUUGUGUUAUGUAUUGUGAUGUCAAAUGCAAAGAAAUCAAUCUGUACAGGUUUCGUCUUUUCAAUAUAUUCGAGUUUCAAUAUUUUUUUAAGCUGGCAAUCUUUUUUCCCACAACCUUUGUUGUCUUGUUUACUCUUCCUCCAUCAUGAGUGGGAUUUGACUGAAUACUAAAACAGAUUCGGUUUGAAAUAUAUUGAACUAUAAAUGUCUGGUGUGUCUCAAAUAAAUGAUGUGGCAAAUGGUUUGGAAACCAUUUGACAUUGAAUUUAAUUUGGCUGAUAAUCAGUUAUUUGCAGUACCAUGUAUUACCCAUAGGAGGCCCUACUGCCCACUUCUGAGAACAACAUAUGUGGGUGUUGUGAAGAUAGUCUAUUGAUGCAGAGUUCUGUUUACUUCUGUCGUCUUAUAGCUAUUAUUAGGACAAUUUACGUGACAUGAAUAUAGAAAUAAUAAUGAAUAUAGAAAACCUGAACACUUCUGUGACCUCUGGGACAAGAAUUUACAGAAUUUAAAGAGUCAAUCAAAGUUUUGCUUAGGUUUGGCAUUAAAGGCUCUAUUGUUUUGCUCUCUGAAGUUCCCAAAGUAAGCCACGCGAUUUGAGAUACGACUUGUUGCGUUGACUGUUUUUCUCUAUCAAUCAGUUGUGCUGAAAACCAUGAGCUUAUCAGUUGUUUUUGUUAAAGACAAAGGUACUGUUAUCCAAAUGUGUUUAGUUUAACUGUGCAAUUAUCAUUUUGUACAAAGAGAAUCAGCAAUUGAUAAGUAGUAUUUUGCCUUAUUAAUCAGUUUUGUUGGUAGAGCUAACCACAAAAAUUGAAAAAAAAUACAAUAUUGUGCAUUCAUGCAGUGUUACU